ACGACACACACACACUCAAGGUGCGUUUCUUUUGCACCAAUUGGGGCCUUGUAAAAGUCGGGAUUUUGUACGACUCCAAUCGGCCUACUGCGGAUUUCUGUUUUUGUGUGUAUUGCGGUUUUUUGUGGUUUUGGUGAUUUCGGCAAACGUGGGGGGCUGGCUAGAAGGCUACGAACAGUUUUCCUCGACGGGGUUUUAGCUUUUUAUGGAUUUGGAGCGUUUUGACAAAAAGUUGAACGGCCCCAAAAGCAAAAAAAGGAACACGAAAAUAAUGGGAAAAUGGAGAAGCCAUGGCCGUUUGCCAUUUUAGCAAGAUCCUCUGCUAGGCUCUUUUUUUCUUCCUUCCCUCGGCCGACUUGAGCAGUUGCCAUUACUUUAAAACGGUGUCGCUGAUUUUUUUGUUGUUUUUCUUUUGGGCUUUUUGCCAUGGCACUCGUGCGUGCAUAGGUCCGAACUGGCUCAGCCCAUACGCCGUCGAUUUCACAGCCGCAACCAUUUAGCACACUUGUCGCCUAUAACCUUAAUAGACAAACAACUGUCGUUUCGGCACUUUGUUCACAAACCAGGCUGGAUUUAUGGGGUUGUGAACACUACUACAAGUCGUUAUCCUCGUAUCCAGCAACACGCUAGACUCACCGACGGUCACAGCCGUUCCCAGUGAGCCGCCGAAACCACAAGGCGUUCACAAACGUUUCCCCUGACGCAACACUUCUACUGCGACUGCACCCAAAAACGAGUCUGCGAACUGACACGCCUCUCACCUCGCCCCCGCAGACUCCCCAAACUGUCUCCAUCGUCCCACACAAGCAUCAGCGUAUACCCGCCAAAUACGCCUUUCCCAUCGGAAGGCGGCUCCAACCGAUCCUUGCACGCGUUGGACAUGGCGGCCGGAGGGACACAACCACCACCAUCCAUGCGCUCGAUUUCUGGUAGUAAUUCGCCGGUUGGCGGAUCAUCGCCUGCUGCCCGACGAGCAGAGGAAAAGACACCGAUUGAAGGUAUUGCUCAACCGCCUUCACUUGAGCAGCAGCCGCUCCAGCUGAAUGGAGAUGGAAUGGGCGGCUAUGGCACUGGGAAGCCAAAUGAUCACGUGUCUUCUGAUGUCCCAAUAGUCACGAUCCACUCUUUACCCUCCAAAAAACCCUUCAAAUUCCAUAGAAAGCAUACCCAACCACAAGGUCCUUGGGAAGUCGACUUUCCCGCCUCUGAUUCAACAUAUCACAAAAAGUCAAAUUACAUCCGGACCACCAAAUAUACCUUAUUGUCCUUUUUCCCCAAAACCUUGUACUAUCAGUUUCGCCGCUUCUACAAUAUCUACUUUCUUGUUGGUGCUCUGUCAGUUGCCGUCGGAGUGUCUAGUCUUUCCCCUGCAUCCCAAAUCCUUCCCCUGGUGAUUGUGCUUGCCUUCUCGCUAGCCAAAGAAGCGUAUGAAGACUAUCACCGCUACAAAGCCGACAAGGCCGCAAAUACUGGACUUAUCACCCUUCUUCGCAACGGGAAACGGGUUGAGACGGUUCGCCAAUACGUUCAACCUGGCGACAUCGUGUACCUGAAAAAAGGCGACAAGUGUCCGGUAGAUGCAAUGCUCUUGAGCACGUCAUAUGAAGACGGGACGUGUUUCAUAGAGACGGCCGAGUUGGAUGGGGAGACGAAUUUGAAGCGACGGAGUGCAGUACCACAAUUAUGUGGUUUAACAACGGAUGAGGUCGUAUCGAGACUCCGCGGCCAAAUACAAUGCGAGCAACCCAACGACAGACUCACUGCCUUUGAAGGUCGAGUCCACAUCCGCCAAGCUACCGGCGAAGACAUCACCCUUUCCCUCUCUCUCACCAACCUCAUGCUCCGCGGCGCAGUCCUCCGCAACACGGACUUUGCCUACGCAAUCGUCAUUUACACCGGCUCCAAUACCAAAAUCAUUAAAAAUCUCAAAAAGCCCAAGCCAAAAAGCUCUACUCUCGAACGACAGCUCAAUUGGCUUGUUAUGGGCGCUUUUGUGUAUAACGCGGCUUUGUUGAUUAGUAGCGUCUGGCUAGAGUGGAGGUUAUACAAACGAGCAUAUGAUCGGGAAAUGGCGAGCAAGGCGACUGAUCCGGUAAAUUAUCCAGUGAAUUGGUAUCUGGGACCGGUUGAUGAUAACCCUUCGCGACACGUCCUAUUUACUAUCAUCUCAUUCUUUGGCAUGUACACCUAUGUUAUUCCGAUAUCCCUGUUUGUCACCAUUGAAAUCGUCCGAGUAAUCCAAGCAAAGUACAUGAUGUGGGACGCGGAGAUGCGUGUCAACCGAGUCAACCCUGAUGGAUCCAUAACAAAAGUCAAAAUGAAGGCCAACAACAGUAACCUAAACGAAGAUCUCGGUGUUGUCGAGUACAUAUUUUCGGACAAGACUGGGACGUUGACGAUGAAUGAUAUGCGGCCCAGUUCUUGGUAUGUCGGAGGGAAAGUUUUGGAUGAGAUGAAGGAGCCUGGAGUUAUAGGAAAGGCUCUGGAGGAGCCGGGGCUGGACCCAGCAGUCCGCGAUGUGAUGAUCAAGUUUGGCCUGGCUUUGGCACUUUGUCAUAGCGUUAUACCGUCCGUGGAUCCCAAGACAAAUAACCUAAUUUACGAGUCGCAAAGUCCGGAUGAGUCCGCUCUUCUAUAUGGUGUCAAAGCAUCUGGAUUUACUCUUCUCUCACGAACAAAGGAUCGAGUCAACAUCCAGUGCUUAGGAGAAGACAUGUCUGUGGAGCAACUGGGUCUACUAGACUUUACAUCAGAUAGAAAACGGAUGAGUGUCAUUGUGCGGACAGCGGAUGGUAUUAUGCUGUUCUGCAAAGGUGCCGAUAACAUUGUUAUCGACCGGCUAGAUAAGAACAGCGAAUGGAACCCAAGGGGGGCAAUCGACGCUGCCGAGGGGGCGCUCAAGCAUUUCUCAGAGGAGGGAUUGCGUACCCUUGUGGUUGCAUACAAACCCUUGACUGAAGAAGAAUAUGAGACCUUCCGCGUCUUAUAUGACGAGGCUGAAACGAGUCUCGAAGAUCGGGAGCAAAUGAUUGCUGCUGCGUGCGAGACUGUUGAAAGGGAUUUGCGAUUUCUGGGAUGUACUGCGAUCGAAGACCGUCUGCAGCCCGAAGUCCCAGAGACCAUCGAGUACCUUCUCGAAGCUGGAAUGAAAGUAUGGCUUUUGACAGGGGAUAAAAUGGAAACCGCGAUCAACAUUGGUGCAUCCUCUCGACUCAUUUCACCCAACAUGGACACCAUCAUAUUGGAUGGUGUAACGGACAAGGAGAUUUCCUCACAAAUUGACCAAGCGGUUCGAAACAUCACAACCCGUACCACACCCCGGCGCUAUGCCCUCGUCAUCCCAGGCGCAACCCUUCACCACAUCUUCCUCCCCAACUCACCACACCCACCUCAUCUACUUGCCCUCACCUCCCACUGCGCAACAGUCAUCUGUUGCCGCGUUACACCCCUCCAGAAAGCUCUUGUCGUCCAACUCGUUCAAAAAAACCUCAAAUGCGUCACACUGGCGAUCGGAGACGGUGCCAACGACGUGUCCAUGAUCCAGGCUGCCACAGUAGGUGUGGGCGUCGUCGGACGAGAGGGGACGCAGGCUGUCCGGGCUUCCGAUUAUGCGAUUGGAGAAUUUCGGUUCUUGGCGAGGCUUUGUGGGGUACAUGGUCGGUGGAGUCGCAAUCGGUUGAGUGGAUUGGUGUUUUAUAGUUUUUACAAGAAUUUCGUGUUUAUUACGGUGCAAUGGUGGUUUGGGUUCUUGUGUAUGUGGAGUGGACAGCUGGUCUAUGAGGAAAUCUUCUUCACGGCUUUCAACGUCUUCUUCACAUCCCUGCCACCGCUUUUCUUUGCCAUCUUUGACUACGACGCACCCGAUAAACUCCUCCUCGCGACUCCUCCCCUUUACAAGCAAGUCAAAUCCGGACUUUACUGGUCACCCCGCCACAUGAUCACCACCCUAGUUUCCUCGUUGAUCCAUAGUCUAUUUAUCUUUGGUGCCGUUUGGCUAGCGUUUUGGGAUAACGUUCUGGAUCCCUCUGGAUACAGCGCUGGAUAUUACGUUCAAUGCUACCUCUUUUCGGCGCCUAUGCUCGCCGUUGUGCUGACAAAGGCGGCCAUGAACGCCAAUGUCUGGGUAGGGCGAUUCGGGUGGAUCACAGGUGGAGUGCUGGUGUUGAGUUUUGCACUCAACGUUUGUGUCAUGUUUGUGGUGGAGUGGGCCAAGUUUAUUGAACGGGGGACGAUCGAGUGGGUGCAUGUCCUACCUGGGUUCUGGUUAGUCGGGCUGCUGAUUGUCGGAGGGUGUAUGUUGGGUGAUUGGGUGUUCAAGUACUUCUUCCAUCACUUUUUCCCAUCCGAUACCGACAUCCUGUUGGAAGAAACCAAAAAGGGUGGGACUUUGUCAUGGUUUCAUCGGUGGAGAGGGAACCGGAAUGCGGAUCAUGGAGUGGAUAAAGUGGAGAUGGGCGAAGCUGGCGGUGGAUAGGAUAGAGAAGUUUAUUUUGUCAGUAGUGCGACGUAGUUAAUCGCACACAAGAUUUUUUUUUUCUUUUUUUUUGGUUACCUAUACCCGACAUUUUUUAAAAAUAAGAGUAUGAUUUUUGAGAU